UGUUGCCACGGAAGCCACAUUCUGAGUUGAGGAGUGGAAAGGUAACAGUUUGCUUUCAGUUUCAAAGAUCUCCCCAAAAGAUAUGGUUGCUCUUUUUCUGGAAAAGCCUGAUUGGUAGGAUUCCUCCAAAGGCUCAGCCCGAAGACCUUUAUGCCAUCCCCUCAUCAACUUCAAAACCGAAGCUUGCCAAUAACCACGGGGGAAACCUGCUGGGUUCCAUCAUUUCACACAAAUGGCCAAUUCUGGAGGCAGCGCUGUUUGCAAUGGGCAUCUCCACAGUCACAGGAAACAGAGUGACAGCUCGCAGAACGGAGACUGCAGAAGGAACGGGGCAGUGAGAGAAGCCCAGCAAAAUGGGAAGCCACAUUUUUAUGAGAAGCCGAUUGUUGAAUCCUUUGAGGAGGCACCCCUUCACGUGAUGGUUUUCACUUAUAUGGGAUAUGGAAUUGGAACCCUAUUUGGCUAUUUCAGAGACUUUUUGAGAAACUGGGGAAUAGAAAAAUGCAAUGCAGCUGUAGAGCGAGAAGAACAAAAAGAUUUUGUGCCGCUGUACCAAAACUUUGAGAAUUUUUACACACGAAACCUUUACAUGAGAAUCAGAGACAACUGGAACCGACCCAUUUGCAGUGCCCCAGGACCUCUGUUUGACGUGAUGGAGAGGGUGUCAGAUGACUACAACUGGACAUUUAGGUUCACUGGAAGAGUCAUCAAAGAUGUUAUCAACAUGGGCUCCUAUAACUUCCUUGGCCUGGCAGUCAGGUACGAUGAAUCUAUGAGGACAGUGAAGGAUGUUUUAGAGGCGUAUGGCGUAGGUGUGGCCAGUACCAGACAUGAAAUGGGAACCUUGAAUAAGCAUAAAGAGUUGGAGGACCUUGUGGCUAAGUUCCUGAAUGUAGAAGCAGCCAUGGUCUUUGGGAUGGGAUUUGCAACUAACUCAAUGAAUAUCCCUGCACUAGUUGGAAAGGGAUGCCUCAUUUUAAGUGAUGAGUUAAACCAUGCAUCUCUUGUGCUUGGGGCCCGACUCUCAAGUGCAACCAUAAGGAUCUUCAAACACAACAACAUGCAAAGCCUUGAGAAGCUCCUGAGAGAUGCUGUAAUCUACGGCCAGCCUCGAACCCACAGAGCUUGGAAAAAGAUUCUCAUCAUGGUGGAGGGCGUCUACAGCAUGGAAGGUUCCAUUGUGAAUCUGCCCCAGAUCGUGGCUCUGAAGAAGAAAUACAAGGCUUACCUCUACAUGGAUGAAGCUCACAGUAUUGGGUCUGUGGGCCCAACUGGCCGGGGUGUAGUGGAAUUCUUUGGAAUGGACCCUCAAGAUGUCGAUGUGCUUAUGGGCACAUUCACCAAAAGCUUUGGAGCCUCAGGAGGUUACAUAGCUGGAAAGAAGGACCUUGUGGAUUACUUACGGGUUCACUCCCAUAGUGCUGUUUAUGCUACAUCCAUGAGUCCCCCGAUAGCAGAGCAAAUCAUCAGAUCAAUGAAAUUCAUCAUGGGACUGGAUGGGACCACACAAGGGUUAAAGAGAGUACGACAACUUGCAAAAAACACAAGAUACUUCAGACAGAGACUGCAAAAAAUGGGAUUCAUUAUCUAUGGCAAUGAGGAAUCUCCCGUUGUUCCCCUGCUCCUUUACAUGCCUGGUAAAGUAGCGGCUUUUGCAAGACAUCUACUAAACAGAAAAAUUGGAGUGGUGGUCGUUGGAUUUCCAGCUACUCCCCUUGCAGAAGCUAGGGCACGGUUCUGUGUUUCAGCAACACAUACCCGAGAGAUGUUAGACAGGGUUUUGGAAGUGCUAGAUGAGAUGGGUGAUCUCCUGCAGCUGAAAUAUUCCCGGAACAGAAAGUCAGCGCACCCCGAACUCUAUGACGAGUCAAGUUUUGAACUCGACGAUUAAGUUUCCAGAUCCUGAAUGGAACCUAAAGACUUUGCCAGAAAGAUUCUCAUUUUGCCAAAAAAGAAUAUCAGUGGGUGUCUCUCCCUUUCUAAGGACAAUUUGGUUUUUGAACCAACUUAGUUGAACUGAGGGAGAUGUUGUUGUGUUCUUAAUGUCUCCAACUCAGGACUGCAGAGACAAAAAUAUGCUUUCAGAUUUAAUUUUCU